GGACGGGCCGACGGCCGGCCACCGCUCCCUCCCUCCCUCCUUUUCUUCUUUUUCCCCUUCCCUCCCUCUCUCUCUCCCUCCCUCCUUUGCCGCUCCCUUGCCCCUCCCCCAAUCAACCGAGGAGGAGGAGGAGGAGGCGGAGUGACGAGGAGUUUGUCCACGAGGGUGGGUGGGCAGGCAGCACAGGCAGGCGAUGGCCCGUCGUCCGGCCCCGCCCGCUGCGGCGGCGCUGCUGCUGCUGCUCGUCCUCGUCCUCGUCGUCGCGGAGGCGGCGGCGGGGGGCGCCGCGGCGACCGGGGUCUUGCGCGUGCGCCGCAAGCUCCCCGCCGCGGGGGGAGGCGACGUGUCGCGGGCCCACGACGGGAGCCGCAGGGGGCGGCUCCUGGCCGCCGCCGACGUCCCCCUCGGCGGCCUCGGCCUCCCCACUGACACCGGGCUCUACUACACGGAGAUCGGGAUCGGGACGCCGACCAAGCGGUACUACGUGCAGGUGGAUACCGGCAGCGACAUCCUCUGGGUGAACUGCAUCUCCUGCGACCGAUGCCCCCGCAAGAGCGGCCUCGGGUUAGAGCUGACGCUGUAUGACCCCAAGGACUCGUCUACUGGGAACAUGAUUUCAUGCGACCAGGGGUUCUGCUCUGCGACCUACGGGGGUUUGCUGCCCGGCUGCACCACCAGCUUGCCCUGUGAGUACAGCGUCAUGUAUGGUGACGGCAGCUCCACCACAGGGUUCUUUGUGUCCGACCUCCUGCAGUUCGACCAGGUGUCCGGGGACGGCCAGACACGGCCAGCCAACUCCAGCGUCACAUUCGGGUGUGGUUCUCAGCAAGGUGGGGAUUUAGGCAAUUCAAACCAAGCCCUUGAUGGAAUUAUUGGGUUUGGCCAAUCAAAUACAUCAAUGCUAUCACAGUUAGCUGCUGCAGGGAAGGUGAAGAAGAUAUUUGCUCAUUGUUUGGAUACGAUAAAUGGCGGUGGAAUUUUUGCUAUUGGAAACGUGGUGCAACCAAAAGUCAAAACAACGCCAUUGGUACCAAAUAUGCCGCACUACAAUGUGAACCUCAAGUCAAUUGAUGUUGGUGGUACUGCACUACAGCUUCCGACACAUAUUUUUGAUACAGGCGAAAAGAAGGGUACCAUAAUUGAUAGUGGUACGACCUUGACAUACCUUCCGGAGAUAGUUUACAAGGAAAUAAUGGUUGCGAUAUUUACCAAGCAUCAGGAUAUAACCUUCCAUAAUGUUCAAGACUUUCUGUGUUUUCAAUAUGCUGGAAGCGUGGAUGAUGGAUUUCCAAAGGUCACCUUCCAUUUUGAGAAUGAUCUUCCCUUGAAUGUGUAUCCACAUGAUUACUUCUUCGAAAAUGGGCAGGAUAACUUAUAUUGUGUUGGAUUCCAAAAUGGUGGAUUACAGUCAAAGGAUGGGAAGUCCAUGGUGCUUUUGGGAGAUCUUGCCCUUUCAAAUAAGCUGGUUGUCUAUGACCUGGAAAAUCAAGUCAUUGGCUGGACUGAGCACAACUGCUCUUCUAGUAUUAAAAUUAAGGAUGACCAGACAGGGGCGACAUACACUGUUGACGCUCACAACAUCUCUUCUGGAUGGAGGAGGUUCCAUUGGCAGAAGCCUUUCAUUCUGCUGUUGAUAGCAAUGGUGUGCAGUUACCUAAUAUUCUAACUACGGUGUACCGACACGUAACUCUAAUGGAAAUUCAUUUGAUUUAAAUUCUUUUUUUUUGAGAACCGAUUUAAAUUCUUUUCACAAAAGAGAGAAGGUAGGGGGGGGGGGGUUUAGAAGGGUGUUCUCUGACCACUGGAGAAAACUCAAAAGGAAACGUUGUAGGCCUACGCUACACAAUGGGCCUGAGUGUGUGUGUGUUGUAUAUGUAUAUGUAGUGUAACGAUGUGGUGACCGGUGAGAAAUACCACGGCUGCAUGUGCCUUUGGCAGGUUUAAAGGAAAAAGGGAAAAAAAAACUUGGAAUGUAAUCAUUUGCACUGACCACUGAGUAUCAUAUCAUUUCUUA